AUGGAAGUGAAAGGAAGGGUAAGCACCACAACCACCACAAUCCAAAGUGAUGAUGAGAUGGACCUUCGAAGAGGUCCUUGGACCGUCGACGAAGACCUUGCUCUCAUCAAUUACAUUGCCAAUAACGGAGAAGGUCGAUGGAAUUCCCUUGCUCGUUCAGCUGGACUCAAACGAACUGGCAAGAGCUGCAGAUUGAGAUGGUUGAAUUAUCUUCGUCCCGAUGUUCGACGUGGCAACAUCACUCUUGAAGAACAGCUUCUUAUUCUCGAGCUCCAUGGUCGCUGGGGAAACCGAUGGUCUAAAAUUGCUCAAUAUUUGCCUGGAAGAACUGAUAAUGAGAUCAAGAAUUAUUGGAGAACUCGUGUUCAAAAGCACGCCAAACAACUCAAAUGUGACGUGAAUAGCAAGCAAUUCAAGGAUGCCAUGCGCUACCUUUGGAUGCCGAGGCUGGUGGAGCGCAUUCAAGCCGCCGCCGCCACCGCCGCAACAGCUGGUUCUCCAACGGCUUCUGCCAGUGCUACUACAACCAUCACCACCACCAACAACAACAAUAAUACAACAUACAACUACGACAACAACCUUAACAGUUUUGAGGCGCAUAGUGGGAACAUGAUGUUGAGUCCAGCAAUUAUGAACAACAACUUUGGCGGUUCACGAAGUUACACUCCAGAGAAUAGUAGCACGGGUGCAUCGUCAGACUCGUUUGGGACUCAGGUUUCACCUGUCUCGGAGUUGACUCAGGAUUACUACAAUAAUGUAACGGCUGGUAACAACAACAAUAACCCUAAUCCUGAUUACUACCAACAAGCACAUGAUCAACUCAGCUUUUUGGACUGCAUCACAAGCCCAUCAGGGUUGUUCUCUCAGCAGCUGGAUUUCCAAUCCAUGGAACCAAACACCCCGUGGAUUCCGACUAAUGGGGACACAUCCAACGGUUUCUGGAACGUUGAAAACAUGUUUCUGUUCCAACAACUCACUGACAACAUGUGA